UAGAUAUAUAUAAAUUAAAAAAAAAAAAAAAAAGGACAUGCAUUGGUGUACACCUUACUUCUAAAAGUCCAUAAAUUAAAGAGCCCAUGUAUCCCCCAGCAAGUAUUGAUUAACGAACAAACAUGAAGUUUUCCACAGCGCGAAAAAUGGGUACUUUAACACUGUGGAUCUCCUAUUUUUAUGUUCUUCUACAACUAUCUUCUCCAGCCAUUGCUCAACCAGACUUCAUGCACAUGACCUGUUACAACGAAGAAGGUUUCUACUCUGCAAACUCCCCCUACCAAAGAAACCUUGCCAGCGUACUUUCGUCCCUAGCUUCCGACACCAGCACUGAAUCUGGUUUUUACAAUCUAUCCGUCGGCGAAGCCCCUAACCAAGUAAAUGCUAUCGCAUUUUGUAGAGGAGAUGUUGGGGUAGAUGACUGCCGAAGUUGCAUUACUAACUCUACUCGUAAGAUCUUAGAGAUCUGUCCGAAUCAGACGCAUGCAAUUGGAGUAUAUGAUUUAUGCAGGCUCCGAUACAACAACAUAUCAAUAUACGGUGUUGUAGACGAAUCACGCACUUUCUUUAUAUGGUAUCCGAACAAUGCCUCAAAUGUAAACCUGUUCAUUCAGGCACAACAAACUUUGUUUGAUAGACUUCGAAGCGAGACGGCAUCAGGGGACUCGACUCGAAAGUUCGCGACAGGAAACGAAAGUGCAGGAUUCGAAAAAGUGUUUGCGCUUAUGCAAUGCAGUCCUGACUUAUCCUUCCAAGGGUGUGAUCAAUGUCUGUCUGAGGCUAUUUCGAAUAUUGGAAGCUGCUGCGCGGGGUUUACCUCAGCCAGUGUAAUAAAACCCAGUUGCGAUGUCAGGUAUGAUAUCAAGCUUUUUUAUGACCCUACUGCCUCUACCCCACCACAAGCGCCGCCCCCACGCCAAGCAUCGCCGGUACCUGAGCCUCCUCCUCCUCCUCCUCCUCCUGAACCACAAACAGAAGGAAAGGAGAGCAACAAAGCAAGGACAAUCCUUAUCUUCACAGUUCCAACUGUUAGCGUUGUGAUAAUAUUUGUCAUCUGCUUCUGCAUCUUCCUGAAGAAGCAGAAGCCACAGGGAAAAGCUGAAAGUAUAACCGUGGAUGAAAUAGAAAGUCCAGAAUCUUUUCAAUGGGACUUCGAAACUGUUAGAGUGGCAACGAAUAACUUCUCCGAGGGAAAUAAGCUUGGACAAGGUGGAUUUGGUGCUGUUUACAAGGGUACGCUGUCUAAUGGACAAGAAGUAGCCGUCAAAAGGCUUUCUAAGAAAUCAGGACAAGGAGAUCUGGAAUUUAAAAAUGAAGUCCUACUGGUAGCCAAGCUUCAACACAGGAAUUUAGUUAGGCUUCUUGGUUUCUGCUUGGAAAGGACUGAAAGGCUUCUCAUCUACGAGUUCGUUCCUAAUACCAGCCUUGAUCAUUUCUUAUUUGAUCCAAGGAAGCAAGGAAUUUUAAAUUGGGAAAGGCGUUACGAAAUUAUUUGUGGCAUUGCUAGAGGAAUUCUUUAUCUCCAUCAAGAUUCUCAGCUUCGAAUCAUUCAUCGUGAUCUCAAAGCCAGUAAUAUUUUAUUAGAUGUAAAUUUAAAUCCUAAAAUAGCAGAUUUUGGUACGGCAAGAUUAUUCGUAAUAGAUCAAACUCAUGGUAUUACAAAUAGAAUUGCGGGAACCUUCGGGUAUAUGGCUCCUGAAUAUGCAUUACAUGGACAAUUUUCAGUUAAAUCAGACGUUUUUAGUUUUGGUGUACUACUUUUAGAAAUUAUAAGUGGUCAAAAGAACACCUCUUUCGGCAAGGAACAGAUAGAUAAUUUAUUGAGCUACGCAUGGAGAAAUUGGAGACAAGGAACAUCAAUGAGCAUUAUAGACACCAGUUUGAAGUUCGGUUCGAGCAGUGAAAUGAUGAGAUGUAUCCAAAUUGGAUUAUUAUGUGUUCAAGAAAAUGUGGGUAAGAGGCCUACCAUGGCCAAUGUUGUGCUCAUGUUAACUAGUCACUCCCUUACACUUUCGGUGCCCUCAAGACCGGCAUUUUUGAUCCGACCCAACACUAAUUCAGAUGUCUCAUCUUCAUUGAGAUAUGAUUCAAGACCGACCCAAGCUGAAGCUCUUCCCUUGUCCAAGAAUGAGGCUUCAAUUACAGAGUUAUAUCCUCGAUAAGCAGGUAGUGGAGGCAAUUGGAUCGUUGGCAGCGGUAAAGUUGUAAGCAGUGGCGCUCCUGGUGGCGGAGCUGCGGGAGUGGCCAAAAGGUUUAGAACCGCCAGGUUCUCACCGCUGAAAAGAAAACAUGAAACUAUGGCGGAAAGAAGCCAUUUAAUAUUUGGUGAUCGAGGGAGGAAGAAUUGAUUGGCUUCUUCUUUGGCAACAUGGAGAUUUGCUUGUGACUUGAGUUGAAGGGCAUACGUGUCAUGGCUUUCUGCAGCUCCUGAAGUACCAGAAACUAAUUCAUUGGAGUCUCCGUGGACAAAACCUCCUCUGACCAUCAUAGCUCCGUUUAGUAGAGAAAUCUACAUCUUAGAACAUUCUUAAACUACAAACCUGGUACGAUGUUUUUCCCUGUAGUUCUGUUGGAACUAAAAUCUCAAGUUUCUAUAUAAGAAGAAACAAAAACAAAUGGCAUAUAAUAUGAGGUGAGCCAAGCUAAAUUAGCUUAGGCUACUUUGAUGGAGGUGAGCUUAUUUAAAAGUUCAAUUUUAAUUUGAUAAACCCAUUGCAUUGGCACUAAUGCUUUUUCAUAGCAUAAGCCCCAACGACAAUUUAAAAUUUAUCAAUUAUCAUACAGUUCGUUCCU